UUUUUUUGAGACAGAGUCUCGCUCUGUCUCCCAGGCUGGAGUGCAGUGGCUCGAUCUCGGCUCACUGCAGCUUCUGCCUCCUGGGUUCAAGCAGUUCUCCUGCCUCAGCCUCCUGAGUAGCUGGGACCACAGGUGCGUACCGCCACACCCGGCUAAUUUUUGUAUUUUUAGUAGAGAUGGGGUUUCGCCAUAUUGGCCAGGCUGGUCUCAAACUACUGACCUCGUGAUCCGCCUACCUCGGCCUCCCAAAGUGUUGGGAUUACAGGCGUGAGCUGCCGCGCCUGGCCAAGCCCAGUCUCACAAAUGAGGACCCUGAGGUUGGUAGAAGGGAGGUGACCUGUCCACACCAGGAGUUAGCAGAAACUUGAACCCAUAUUUCUUUACUGCUCAUGGGCAGAGUUACACUGCUGCUAUGAUUCCCAGGAGAGAAACUGAACUUUGCUAAACUACUUUGGCAAACUCAAAAGCAGAUGGGCCAGCCAUUUGUGGUCUGAAAGCACUCAGAGGCUAGAGACCCUCUGUUACAUGGUGCCUCUGUCAGACAGCCCUACAAUUUGGAUCCUGGGGCUGGAAGAAGAUAAGAAUGCUGGGAGACUUUGGUUGUGGCAGACUGCCUCUCAGUGGGUCCCACUGUGUUGGCUGAGUGCCAGCGGUGGACUCCUGAUGCCUGCAUUUGCAGAACUGAUAGCUGCAGGGAGGCAGUGGGUUCCAGCGGCACAGCGUUCUCACAUUUCUGGCCACUUCUAGAGGCAGAGGACGGGGUCAGCACCAUGGACAGCCUCACGGUCCCGCCUCCCUUUCGUGUGUCAGAACACGCGACCCGGACUAGUCUGGUCUGGGGACGGCCCUAGACAUUGCUGGCUGUUCUAAGCGGGGCGAGGGACUCCCGUGGGUCCCAGAGCAGUCUUUGCGCCCCAGCCGGCUUCUCGCUUUCCUGCGUCCAGUGCUGCUUCCAGCGCUAGCCCCAGGGGCACGAAGGCUGGUGUCGGGAGGUGCGCCCCUCCGGGGGCCCGCCAGCCGCCAGACUCGAAGCUGUGGCUGUCAUUGCUUCUACAAUCAGUGCAUGUUCUUCGCUGACGUCAGUCGGAGCUGUCCUGGCACUAUAUAAGGCUGGCGGCAGCCCCGGGACAGACCCUGUGUUCCCCAAGGCGCCUUCAGCCCGCCCCGAGGGACAGAGACUGGAGCUCAAUCUUGGACCGUACAAACGCUCACCGACAACCUGGCCGGUGGCACCAUGAGGCAGGCGGGACGCGCGGCGCUGCUGGCCGUGCUGCUGCUCCUGGUACAGCUGUGCCCUGGGAGCAGCCAGGGGAACCCCGAGGCGGCCGGGGUCCAGGACCCGAGUCUGCGCUGGAGCCCCGGGGCACGGAACCAGGGCGGCGGGGCCCGCGCGCUCCUCUUGCUGCUGGCGGAGCACUUCCCGCGCCGCGCGGGGCCCGGCCGAUGGGGACCCGGCCGAUGGGGACCCGGGACGGCAGGCGAGCGGCCGCGGCGGGACAAUCCUCCUCUGUCCAUUGACCUCACCUUUCACCUGCUGCGGACCCUGCUGGAGCUGGCGCGGACGCAGAGCCAGCGGGAGCGCGCCGAGCAGAACCGCAUCAUAUUCGACUCGGUGGGCAAGUGAUGGCCUGGUUUGGGGCCGCGAAAACUUUGA